AUGUCUCACUGCCACGACGAGCACGAUCACCAUGGCCAUUCUCACGACCAUGGCGAGCACGACCACUCAGACGACAUCACGCCCGCACUGCAGUCUUCGCUGUACGAGCAAAUCAAUUUCGAUGAAAUCACGACGCUCAACGAGGCGCGCAGGGAUGCUGGCAAGUUGAUUGUCAAGAAGACGUGGGCGGAGAGAUUGAGUGCCGAGCCGGAGCUGGAGAGCGAUGCUGAUGAGCAGCUUCUCAUGACGGUGCCAUUCACAGCCCAAGUCAAGCUACACUCCAUCCUCAUCCGCACAUCCCCAUCCCUCUCGGCCCCCAAAACGCUCCAACUCUUCAUCAACCGCGACGACAUCGACUUCGCCGCCGCCGAAGAAGCAUCACCAGUACAAACCCUCGAGCUUUCGCAGACGUCCGACAUCCAGGAGAUCCCCGUCAAGCGCUCGCUGUUUGGCAGCGUGCACCGGCUGGUGCUCUUCUUCGUGGACAACUUUGGCGAGGGAGACGAGGACGUUUCACGGAUUAGUUACUUGGGCUUCAAGGGGGAGUGGACGAGGCUGGGAAAGGCGCCGACGAAUAUCAUCUAUGAGGCGGCUGCGCAGCCGGGGGAUCAUAAGGUGAAGGGGACGAGUGUGAAUGAGAUGGGGAGCGGGAUUGGAGGGAGAGGGCCGGGAGUGUAG